UUUGAUUGUAGCUUCCGUUGUUCAAUACAGCAGGGGAAGGAGACCCAGCUCCUACAUGUCUUUGAGGAAGAUCUGAUCCUUGGCAGUCAGAGAACAGAGAGCACACAGGACCCUCCUGAUCUUCAUCAUGAUGCCUCAAGUGAGGCAACCUUCUCGGCUCGAUUUUUCCUGGUAGUGGUGGAAGUAACACCGAAAGGGCGCUCACUCCUCCACAUGUGGCAUCUCCAUCUUGCUGCUCAACCCAUUAUUAUGGAGGAGACCAAGACAGAAACUCCUAUGAACAGCUCUCACUUUGACUUUGACACAUUCAGUUCUCCAGUCACUCAGAGGAGUAAAACCUGCACUUCCAAUUUGCAGAGUGCUUGUCGCCUCAACCUCACUACACACACACUAUACAGCCAAGAGAUGGUCCUGCCAGAAGGGGUAGAAAUUAUCAGUGUUACGCCCUCAGCAGGUCACCUGAGUGCAUCUUGUUCUCUGCCAGCUGGCCGUGUGCCUUAUCUCCUUGCUACUUCCUGUUCCGAUGGAAAGGUGCGCUUCUGGAGGUGUAAUGUUGUGGCGACAGAGCCUUUCAGUAUAGAUUGUUUGUCAUACCAGUGGGAGGAGUGGCCACUCCUGGUCGAGGAAAGGCUUCCCAGCAGCAGUGAAAUAAGUGUGCCAGGUCGCCCCGUUGAGGUCAGCUGCUGUCACACUGGAAGGUUUGCAGUUGCCUAUAGGCAGACACCAAAUGCACAUCUGAAAUCCACACCUCAUUUGAACUAUCAGGGAGUGUUGAUUUCUUCUCCUGCACAAGCUUCCUCGCCCUAUAACACUCACCUGGCCCCAAGCUUGACUCUACCACAUAGCCUAAAUUCCACUCUAAGCCCCAACCAAGCAAACAGUAGAGAGCCCAUGGUUUACAUUGGCAUUUUCCAGUGUGAAUCCACAGGUGGUUCACAGUGGAUUUUAGAGCAGACCAUAGUCCUCGACAGUACAGAUUCCACGGCUAGUUAUGGCAUUAGCAGCAGCACAAGUGGAAGUGCCAGUAGUCCAAGUAACAUGGACUUUUCUUUACCUAUUGAGAACUGCUCAGGUUCCACCAGUAGGAGCCUGGUUCAUUUGGACUGGGUGUCUCAAGAGGAUGGGUCACAUAUUCUGACUGUCAGUAUUGGGACAAAGAUUUAUAUGUAUGGGCGCCUUGCUGGAAAGCCUCCAGACCUGUGUCUGUCAUCUGAUGCAAGUAAGGAACAGAGCUUGUCUCGCCUAGUUUUGCUUCGUUCGGUCGAUCUGGUCUCUUCUGUUGAAGGUUCAUUACCCAUCCCAGUCUCUCUUUCCUGGGUACGAGAUGGCAUCCUGGUCGUCGGGAUGGACUGUGAGAUGCACGUUUACUCCCAGUGGCAACCACCAACACCACCUAAAGCCAGUGCUGCCAUCGCCCAAGACACAGACAUUGGCAGCAGUGUCUCCUCCAUAGUCUCAGCUGUCAGACAGAGUCAGGAGGAUGGGCUCAAUCCUGGGGCUUCACUAGCUCCUCCCAAAAAGGCAUUUUCAAGGUCGAUGAUGAGUCUGGCUCAGAAACUCCGCGGGAAGAGAACAGCUUAUGACCCGCCUGUAGAGAUGGAAGAUUCUGGACUUUUUGAAGCAGCACACAAACUCUUUCCCACUCUUCCCCAGUAUCAUCCUGUACAGUUACUGGAGCUCAUGGAUUUAGGGAAGGUUCACCGUGCCAAAGCCAUUCUCUCUCACCUCGUGAAAUGCAUUGCUGGGGAAAUAGUACCACUUAAAGACAGUAACACCAAUCCAGAAAGACGCGUGCGCUCUCGAACCAUUGGUGCUGGAGGCAGCACAGCCAGGGAUCCGAAAAUGUUCAGCAUUGCUGAGAGCUCCACCCCUGGCUACACUGAGAUAAGUUCCAUCCCUCCCCUGCCUCUUUAUGCUCUUCUGGCAGCUGAUGAAGAUACAUCAACAAAACACGAUAAAGUGGGCAGUGUAAGUGGGGACAGUGGACAUGGUUCCAGCCAAACAGAUGCUUAUGACGAGCUCUUUCAUACACCCAGCAUAGCGGAUCUGGAUCCUCUCAACAAUAAUCAGGAGGAAACGGGCAACAAAGUUAUUGACUUGUCUCAGUACAGUCCCACAUACUUUGGUCCAGAACAUGCACAGGUUCUGUCCAGCCACCUCCUUCACUCGAGUUUGCCAGGACUAACUCGUCUGGAGCAGAUGUCUCUCAUGGCGUUGGCCGACACCAUUGCUACAACAAGCACAGACCUCAAUGACAGCCAGGACAAGAGCAAAGGUGGCGAGACACUGGAUGAGUGUGGUCUGAAGUUCUUACUGGCCGUCAGACUGCAUACCUUCCUCUCUACCUCCCUGCCACCAGCACACCGAGCACAGCUGCUACGGCAAGGCCUGUCGACAUGUCACUAUGCCUGGGCCUUUCACUCUGAGGCUGAGGAGGAGCUGUUGAAUAUGCUCCCUGCCCUACAGAAGGGAGAGCCCACCUGGCCUGAGCUGCGCUCCAUGGGUGUGGGCUGGUGGCUGCGCAGCAACAACAAGCUACGCAGGUGUAUUGAGAAGGUUGCCAAGGCUUCUUUUCAAAGAAGCAAUGAUCCUCUGGAUGCAGCUAUAUUCUACCUUGCGCUGAAAAAGAAAGCAGUGAUCUGGGGAUUGUACAGGUCCCAGAAGAAUGCCAAAAUGACUGACUUCUUCCACAACAACUUCAGUGAGGACAGGUGGAGGAAAGCAGCAUUGAAAAAUGCUUUUUCACUUUUGGGAAAGCAGCGGUUCUUACAUUCUGCAGCCUUCUUUCUUCUUGCCGGGUCCUUAAAGGAUGCUGUUGAGGUGUGUUUAGAGAAACUGCAUGACCUGCAGCUGGCUCUGGUCAUCUCCAGAUUGUACGAGUCUGAAUUUGAGACGGGAUCCACCUACAAAAAGAUCCUUCAGAGACACAUUCUGGGUCAAGACAAACAGAUUCAAGCCCACCAGGACUCGUUCUUGCGCAGCAUGGCUUACUGGGUCCUGGAGGACUACAGUAAAGCAUUGGACACUCUUCUUGAGCAUGGCACCAACAGAAACAGCUCUGGGACCCCUGAGAGCAAAUGUGAAGCUGGUUCCUCUUUUGUGUCUACAAGUAACCCUGAAGUUUUCAACUUUUACAUCUACCUCCGUACCCACCCACUUCUCCUUCGCCGCCAUUUUUGCUCUUCCGACAAUGCUAAAGUUAGUUUGACUGCUGAGGGUCGAAGGGCUGACUCCAUUAGCCUGGAGGAGAGGAGGCUGUUUUUCACAGCUGCAUAUGCCCACCUACAAGCUGGCUGCCCCAUGCUAGCACUUGAAAUCCUCUCCAAAAUGCCCAAAGUUCAUAGGCAUUCACGACUCCAGAAUCAGGAGGAUACAGGAAUCUCCGCUGAACUCAGUGUUGGGAGUAAGGAAGGACAAACCUCAGACCCAGACUGGUCUCAGCCAUGUCUGAACGGCUACGAGUCCGAUGGGAACAGCUUGUCAAUCAGUAAAUCAGAUUCGUUGUUAAGUUUCGACUGGAGCCAGCCUUCACUGACAAUUCCAGAUGAGCCCCUAGAGCUGAAGUGGGACAGUGACAAAGACGAAGACGAGGAGGAGAGCGAAGAAGAAAUUAAAAAUGCUAAGACUGGUAUAAUUGCAGACAGCAGCAGCGUGUUCCAAGACACGCAGGAUGCCAUGUCACCACUAAUGGAGACAGUGAUGGAAGACGACAGCGAGAACAGCAACGACUUCAUUGCACCGUCUGAUGACGUCUUGGUGGCCCAGCUGAAGUUUACUGCCUGCUUGAAGAUUAUGACCAAUGAGCUGCGGACACUGUCAACAGGGUAUGAAGUCGAUGGGGGGAAGCUGCGCUACCAGCUCUACCAGUGGUUAGAAAGAGAGGUGGUCGCUCUCCAGCGUUGCUGCAGCUACAAGCCCUGCCUGUCAGAUCUGUCUGUCCUGGGUGAUGCCUCUGUUUUUGGGUUGGUGGAGGAGGAGCAGCUGGGUAGCCCUCGUAGUGACAGCCAAAGGAGCAGGAGACACUGGCUGCAGAGUAACCAGCCUUUGCUCAGGAUGUUCCUCAGCUACUGCAGCUUGCAUGGCUCCCACGGUGGAGGACUGGCUUCUGUUCGCAUGGAGCUCAUACUGUUGCUUCAGGAAUCUCACCAGGAUGACUCUAUCCAAUCUGUGGUGACAUCCAGUUCCCAGCCUAACGCUAUCCCUCUUCUCAUGGCGUGCACAGCCAAUGUAAAGACCGUGGUGGCCAAUCCCAUGGUGUACCUGACCAACCUGACUCAUGACAUUUUGCAGACCAUCAUUGCACUCGAUUCUCCUCCACACCCUGAUGUUGUUAACAAUGAGAUUUACGUGAUGCACACCUUGGCUGCUUCCCUAUCCGCCUGUAUAUAUCAGUGUCUAUGUGACAGACACACCUACAGCCAUGUGAACCAUUUCACGGGCAUUGUUUAUCAGAGUGUUUUGCUGACUCAGAAGCAGCCAGUCAGAGCUGUCAGCGUGGAUGAGUCUGUUCUGCCAAACACUUCUCCUGCACAGUGGCCAGGGAUCGCUUCUCUGGUUCGCCUGUUGAGCUCAGCAGGCGAGGAGAGUCAGCCAGGCUUGACUGUGCUGCUCUGUGAGAUCCUAACGGCUGUAUUCCUCAGCUUGUUUGUUCACGGCAUGGCCACUCACUCCAGCCAAGAGCUGUUUCGCGUGAUGGCCCACCCUCUCAACAGCAAGCUAUGGGUGACAGUGUUUGGAGGAGGAGCACGGACUCCCGUCAUAGAGAAACUCAACAGCCCAACAAGGACACCCCCACCAGCCUCUCCUAGUGCCUCUGACAAAAAGUCCAGACGAUUCAGGCUUCUGCCGUCACGCAGUGGAUCCAAAGAGGAGUCUGGGAUAGAGCGGGAGGGACCAUCCAGUCCUAAACAUGUCCCUGUAGUGGAACAAGAAGCUCCCUCCAUCUUUAAAGAACGAUUUGUUCCACCAGAGCUCAGCAUUUGGGAUUACUUUAUUGCCAAGCCUUUGCUGCCACCAUCGGAAAACAGAAUUAGGUACGACUCUGAGGAGAGCCAGGGCAGCCAAGAUGAAGACGACGAUGAUGAUGACUAUGAAGAUGUGUUUGACUCCAACUCUCCAAAACGAGAGCAUUCAAACCACAAUUCAUACAGCUGGUGUUUAAUGCGUUUGGCAAUGGUGCAGCUGGUGUUGGUCAACCUGAAGUCCUUUUACCCAAUGGCAGGAUAUGAUCUAUUAGACCUGCCAGUGGGCUCUCCUCUGUGUCAUGCUGUCCUGAGGACUCUUCAAAGAUGGGAACAGGUGUUGCAGAAAAGGCUGGAGAUCUUUGGGGGGCCACCUUCCAGAUACAUCCCCACACACCUCCAGGAUGAAACAGCCACACCUGGCCCUGCCUUGCUGAGACACAAAGCCCUGUUUGAACCAUCCAACACACCAUUCAGGACAUCCCACCAUUCAGCGCUGCCAGUGAAACGCUUAUGGCAGUUCCUGGUAAAGCAGGAAGAAGUGCAGGAGACCUUCAUCAGAAAUAUCUUUACCAAGAAACAGGACCCAAAUGAGUUGGUUGUGGACCAGAGUGACAAUAUGAAAUAUUCAGGGAUGGACGUGACAGGAAACAAUCAGACUGAGUCAGAUCUGGACAGCCCUGGAGGAAAGGCACGCAUCAUACACAAGGAAUCGGACAUCAUCACAGCCUUUGCCAUCAACAAGGCAAAUCGUAAUUGUUUAGUCAUGGCCUCCACCCAUGACAUUCAGGAGCUGGACGUGUCUUCCAUUUUGGCCACACAGAUCUUGACAUGGAUAGAUGACGAUGACGCUGAAGCCAAAGGUGUUGGAGGCGAUGACUUCCUGGUGAUCCAUACACGUGAUGACUUUGCUGCCCUUCAUGGCACCACACCGUACACCCACAGCAGCCCUGGUACACCCAUCAACAUGCCAUGGCUGGGAGGUCUGCAGACAGGAAGGGGUGCCGCCAUGAUGAUUAAGAGAAACAUCAAUAAUGUGAGAAGAAUGACCUCGCAUCCCACACUACCUUACUACCUGACGGGAGCUCAGGAUGGUAGCGUCAGGAUGUUCGAGUGGGGUCACUCCCAGCAGAUCAUCUGCUUCAGAAGUCCAGGAAACUCCAGAGUCACCCGGAUACGAUUCAACCACCAAGGAAACAAGUUUGGUAUCGUCGAUGCUGACGGUGGUUUGAGUCUGUGGCAGACUAACACCAGUGGGAAUGCCCCCAAACCAUUCUUGACAUUGCAGUGUCACAACAAGACAGCUCAUGACUUUGUCUUUGUGGGCUCCUCCUCCCUCAUUGCCACUGCAGGUCUUUCCACAGACAACAGGAACGUGUGUUUGUGGGACACUCUGGUGACUCCUGCUAACAGCCUCGUACAUGCUUUCUGCUGCCAUGAGUCGGGUGCUACCGUCUUGGCGACGGCCCCCAGGCAGCAGCUGCUUAUCACAGGUGGGAGGAAAGGUUGGAUCAGUGUCCUGGAGCUUCCCCACAGGCACCAGCGGCAGAGUUUCCAGGCCCAUGACUCACCGGUCAAAGCACUGGCUGUCGAUGUAAUUGAGGACUUCUUUAUCAGCGGAUCAGCAGAGGGCAACAUCAAGGUUUGGAGUCUGGCCACACAGUGUGUCCUCUUCUCCUUCCCAAACGAACACGCUCGCCAGUCGCUGUUCAGGAACCUCGGCACCGGUGUGAUGCAGAUAGAGGUGGGACCGGCCAAUCACAUUUUCUCCUGCGGCGCGGACGGAACGAUGAAGAUGAGGGUCCUGCCGAACCGCUUCAGCGUUGUCAACAACAACCGCGGCAACCUCAAGAACGAUGUAAAAUUCUUCAUAUAGACAUACAAGUGUGGACUGUUGAGUUGAAUAAUGUGAAGUGCAGAGGGGUUUUUUUUGGCACUGUUGCGGAAAAAGUACCUUCAUACAGUUGGUUCCUCUUAGGGUAACAUCACCAUGACAACGCAAUGUCAUGUCACGUGUUGCCAAACGUUUCCAAUGAAGAAAUAUUGACAGGAUUUACAGACUUUCACAGAGUGGGAGCGUGUCGUCUAGACGUGACAGUGACCAUGCAGCGAAGUGACCACACCUGACCAAACACACACACACACACACACACACACACAAGCCUCUAUGAGAGUUUGGAACCAUUGUGGACGUUUAAACACAGUGGACACAGGGUAAAGACUGAGGGCACAUGUUGUCGUAUCCGAGGCCCAGAAAGAGAUUCUACAAAAACAAACCUCCAUCUCAGCGUCUGCUGAAGAGCACACGGAGGAGGAGGAGGAGGAGAGCUGCUGUUUUUGCACAGGAAGCCGUAGAAGGAGCAGGACCGGUGAGGCGGACGAGUCUUAAAGCAGCGGAGCUCUUCUACUUUUUUAGUUCACGUUCGCAAAAGCAGUCAUGAAAGCGGAAGCUCUGCUGAGGCGUUCAGGGGAUAAAACGCGACCGUGUGACAUCACUGCCGAACCAGAACCUCAGCACAACCGCAGUCACACGGGUGGACGACAAAAUCCUCCACAAGCACAUUUAAUCUAAUCACCCUUAUUCAUUUUUUUUUUUAAACACAAAAAUGAAGCCCUCGCAGUGUGACGAGCAGAAGCAGCAGUUGUCGAGAAUGAACCGCUCACUUUUUUUAUGUUUUUUUUUUGCAGCCUGAUUUGAAAUGAACAGACUUUAAACAAACAAAAUAGAACAAACGCAUCAUAUCUAUAGAGAAUGUGGUUGUUCUCUGUCUGUAGAUGAGAGGGUGAAUGUCACACAUGUAUUAUAUUGUUUACUGCAGAUUAGCAUAAAGAAUAGAAACAGGAGGAAGCAGCUAAACUCCCUACAUUUUGUUUAAUUAAUCAAACCUUUGCUGCUUUAGGUCUGAAUGUACAUACACACACACACACACACGUGAUGACUAUUUUAUAGCUUUGCGGUUGCCAUUCCACUUUUUUUUCUUCUUUUUUCUAUUUUUUUCCAAGGUGACGCUGCUUUCAAUGUGACUAUAUAUCAGUUACAGGAACAUUGUGUUCUGUAAACAUUUAGUAUAAAGUUGCAAUGGUGUUAAGCACUUUUUUUUUUUCUUUUUUUUUUUCUUUUUUACAUUUUAAAAAAUUAAACGUACGCCAGGUUUGCCAGCAGGCGUUCCUGUUUGCUUACUGAUGACUAUAUUUCACUUCCUUUGAAUAAUUAAGAUACUUUAAAAACGCGAUAAUUCUCAGGCAAGUUUUGAAGUUAUAAUAAGUGUCUCUUUAUGUCAUCGUUAAGGUUUAACCAUUAUAAUACAGCAAUUAAAGGAACAAUGUACAAGAGCAUCAUUCAAAUUUUGGAGCUAAUUUUCCAAAAACAAGUAACUUAAUCCAGUUUGUUCAGAGUUUUUACUUUAAUCUACAAGUUUGCUGCCGCCCAGUGUUUUUCUUCCUUUUCCAUUUGCACAUAAAAGCAUUAAGCAUAAAUUAUAUUAUAUGUACCAUACAGUAAUAUACAGAUAAUAUGAUAACAUGAUAACAUGAAAUGAUGUGUUGAUUCUGGCUGAGGUGUUUUUUAAUUAAAGUGUCCUUAAUCUUUGAGAACUACUUCCACCAUGCUGGCACAGAACUCCAACUCUGGAGCCUGAUUAUAUUGAUAACUGUUAUUAAGUUGCACAAAUAAGCUUUGUUUUGGCUCUUUAUUGGUGUGGGACAUCACAAAAAAACAAAUCUGUGACUGCUUUUUUUUUGUUGUUUUUUUACACACUAUAUUAAGCUGAAAGAACAUGAAACGUUACUCUUGAUGGGAAGACAAACAUUUUAGUGGAAAUAUCAUGUUGUAUUUUGCUCUUCUCUCUCCUCACAUACACACUUUAAAUUUCCACCAUGGACCACAAUUGAAAUUUGCCUUGAAACAACAUCGUUUCAGACUGAUUUUGACGUCCAGUUCCUUCAUAACAGUUGCAGUGGUUACCUUAUCAUUCUUUGUUUUUUUUAAUUAUCCAGAUGCAGCUCACUGCCUCCAGCACACAAACGCACACAAAUAAUGAUCUAACUGCGAAUUGAAGUGUGCGGAAUUAAAUAAUCCAUGAAGCUAAACUGACCCACACAGAUUGUGGCUGUGCUGCUGUAAAGGAAAACAUAUGUACAGUGAAGACGAACGUGAGGAAAAACUUUUAAGAUGAUUCAGAUAUAUUGCAGUCAUGUCUUGUGUACAUAUAUAUAUGUAUAUAUAUAUGUAUAUAUAUAUACGUACAUAUAUGUAUAUAUGUUUGUAUAUAUAAAUAUAUAAAGUAGGCUUCUCGUAAAAACUGCAUAGUCGUAGAGAUUAGUCGUAGAUAAACGGCAGGUAACAGCAAAAGCCACUUUAUAAAGAAUAGAAGUCUAUAUGGUUAAAGGUCUAUUUAUGAAAUGUGUGCAUAUUUAGGAUUAUAGACUCGAUCAUAAAGCAGAUAUAAUCUUAUUCUGUGCUCUUCUUUGUUUGUUUUUAAUUUUGGGAGCUUGAACAACCUCGUGAGAAACAAUGACAUAAACUCCAGCAGCAACUGGAGAAUAGAAUAAAUUUUACUAUAAUCUUUUUUCUCUUUUUUUUGUCUGCUUAUUUUCACUCAUUCGACUAAAUUAAUAAGAACCAAAUCAACUCUUGACUUCAUCUUUCUCUCCCUCUUCAAUCUUGCAAAUGUGAAUUUGAUCAGAUAAUUCUAAUUUUAUAAUAAAGACUAUGUGUAAGAUAAUGUAA